CAGUUUCAAGUCGAAAAUGGCGUCGUCUAAGUCGUUAGAAGAUGUUCUCUCGUCUGAAGUCGACGAAAGCGCUGUGAACGCUCUAGUUGGGACUUUAGAAAGCCAGUUAUCCUCAUCAAGUGUCACUUCUUGUUCACAGCAAGUUUCAGCCAACGUUAUAUUGAAUAACCAUAUUUCUGGCAAUGUUAUUGGUAGCGGGUCUCUUACACUGGGAACAGGAGGCCAGAAAAACAUGAUCAUUAAUUUACCAAACAAUAAUUCUCAGGCUGAUGGUAGUACUACUUCAAGCAGUGCUGCGACUAAUAAAUCCAUACCACAAAAUGUACAAGGAACAGGAAUUAACUCACUAGGUACAGCCUUGAACUGUACACAACAAAUGGCUGGUGUUCCAGCUAGUGGUUACUUGACAUUGUCUACAACAUGUGCACAAAUAAAUUCAGCGCGGAGUUCGCCUUCAGUGACGAUAGCUCCUUCACCUUUGCCAACUGUGGGUGUGCAAAACGCUAUGCAACAAAAUAUCAUUGCUAAAAAUGGCACGAUAUCUGUUGUGCAAAAUGCGAAUGGCACCAUGUCGCUUGUCACACAGUCAAGCAGUGAUACUGUGAAUGGUACCGUAAAUAGUGGUCUUAGUGCAAUUCAGAGUCUGGCAUCUGUAGCAGCUCAUCAAGCAAAGAUUGUUACAAUGCCUGGCCAGGCCACUGUGAGAACUGUGCAUAGUCCGAAUUUGAUCACGACAAAUCUGCCACAACAACGGAUAGUAAUAAGACAAGAUGGGCAACCGUCUGUAGUAAAAGCGGAUACAACAAACAGUGCGAAUGUAGUACAGAUGUCGACCGCAACGACUUCUCUAAUGAAGUCUGUACAGAACUCUCUAUCAACCGGGAGUGUGAUUAAUGUAUCGGCAGUUUCAUCGCAGCCUGCUGGUCAGCAGCUAGUGUACACGUCAACUGCAUCUGGUUCCAUCUCGAAUCCUGCGUCUGUGUUGCAAGGUGUGCAGCUUGUCAACAUGAAUGUCAUGCCGAGACCUGGAAUGUCGAAUCAACAAAAACCUCUGGCUCCCCGCGUGAUAUUGAACACUGGUACUCCCAUUAGGAUUGCAAGCCCGGCUGGUGUUCAGGUGCAAAGACCAAACAUGGUACAAGUCAGUGGUCAGAGUAUGGAUUUGAGGCCAAGUUUGCUACAGGGUAGUGUGCUGGUACGGACACCUUCUGGACAGCUGCAACUUGUAACUGCAAACUUGCCCACUGCACUACAGCCACGAUCUAGUGCUACUAAUCCUCCAUCCACUGCAUACCGGUUACAAACUAUACAGCAUCCAGUUCAGACACAAGUAACGACGUCACCUGUAAGAAUGUCAGUUCCGGCAGCAGGGAUGCACACUGUUUCCAUGGCAUCUUCAUCUCCUUUGGUAUCUGGCACUGCUUCCUCCAGCCACGGGCCUUCAGCCACUGUUUCAGCAAAGAUGUCACCAGAGGUAGCAAAGAAGAAAUGCAAAAAUUUCUUUUCCACACUGAUCAAGCUUGCAUCUAGUCAACCUCCUGAUGUUGCUGCUAAUGUACGAAAGCUUAUACAGGGAGUAAUAGAUGGUUUAGUGCAGCCAGAAGAUUUCACAACCAAAUUAGAAGCUGAGCUUAAAUCUUCACCACAGCCUUUCCUUGUUCCAUUCUUAAAACGGAGCUUGCCGCACUUGAGGCAGUCGCUGUAUAACAAUGAAGUGAGCAUCGAGGGUGUUAAUCCACCACCCCCAUCUGCACUUGCCAUUCCUGCUGUGGAAACAACACCACUACCGGCACCUACUGUACAUAACAAGGUUACACGUCCGGGGCAGGUGACCAGUCAGCAAGCCAUUGCUCAGCAGCAUAUGUUGAAUAGCCAACAUAAAAAUGUAUCACAGGUGAUGACCAAACUUGUGCCAGGGUCCAUAGCAGCAUCAACGCCAACGAUAGCUGGAGCUCUAAAACCUCGUCCAGGUAUUCAUGUGAGAGCAGGUGCCUCAGCUCCUCAGAGAGAGAAAGGCCAUUCAGCAUUCAGGGAUGAUGAUGACAUCAACGACGUGGCUGCCAUGGGCGGAGUCAAUCUGAUAGAGGAGAGCCAGCGUAUCCUGGCAUCCACGACAGAGCAUGUGGGCACUGUGGAGCGUUCUUGUAAGGACGAGAGUUUUCUGCUCGGCAGCGCACUGCAGACCCGUAUCCGUGAGAUAGUGAGAAAGCAUGGUUUAGAUGAUGCACCAGCGGAUGUUGCCAACUUGGUAUCACACGCGACACAGGAGAGACUUCGAACGAUCAUAGAGAAGCUUGGCCUCAUAGCAGAGCACAGAAUAGAUACCGUGAAGAUGGACACUCACUACAAGGAGAGCACUAAUGUUAGAACUCAGUUAAAGUUUUUAGAAGAACUAGAUAAAUUGGAGAAAAAGCGGCACGAGGAGCAAGAGCGGGAGAUGCUGCUUCGAUUAGCCAAGAGUCGAUCAAAGCAGGAGGAUCCAGAGCAAGCACGGCUAAAACAAAAGGCCAAAGAGAUGCAACAAGCAGAGAUGGAGGUGCUGCGACAACAGGAGGCGAAUCAGACGGCUCUCGCUGCGAUCGGCCCUCGCAAGCGGCGCAAGUUUGACCAAGCGGAGGUGUCUGACAGUGCGGGGACCAGCGGGACGACGCCGGCCGGCAGUGCACCGCAAAGGUUUCAGCGCCCCCGUACGAAGCGUGUCAACCUCAGGGACCUCAUUUUUCUGAUGGAGCAGGAAAGGGAGACUUGUCGUUCUGUCCUUCUCUACAAGAGCUUCCUGAAAUGAUGACGUCUCUAGAGGCGCACUGUCUGGUAGACGGAGAUAUAAGCGCACUGUUCCGGCAGUAAGCCCUGCAGAUCGGCCCGUGGGAGCAUCCUCUGUUCCUCUAACAGCCGCAAGUGUAUGCAAAUGUAACAGCCAGCGAUGACUUAAGGACGUCUUGAAACUGCCUUGCUUGCAGUCAACAAAUUUCUAUUCGAUAGAAUUUUCAUCAAAUCACAAGUGGGUUGUUUUCUAAUGUUAUACGAGGGAUGACUGUAGAAGGCAACAGCAUGCACUGAAGUGUACUUGAACACCCGUUCAAUAUUGUAUAGUAGUCGGUCAUAAAUUAUGUUGUAGUACUGUGUAAAAGCUCAUUAUUUACUAAAGUCACCAUGCAUUUGUGGCCAAAAUGGUUUCUGUUAUGGUUUGGGUGCAAUUGUAAGGUAUGGAUUGAGGUAAACAAUAUUUUAAUAUUGAGACAUGCUAUCGAAAUAUGUUCUUCAAAACGACAAUUAUUCAGCUAUAAAGCUUUUCAUGACUCAUUUUCAUGGCUUCUUAGAACACUAUUUUUCUUACCAGCUUGAUAAACACACUAGCCACUAAAUUAUCUGCAACUGCUAUCUAUUGCUUUAUAUUUAUACUGUAACAUUUUGAUUAAAUAUCUUUUUGAAUUUAACUAUUUUAGAUCGUCCUCAUUGCAUUAUUAGUUAUAUACUGGUACCUUAAUCCAGUCAAAGACUCUAUAUAAGAUAUUAAAAAAUGCCACAGUAAUUCAUCCACCACCAAAAUACAGAACGUCUUAAUGUCUAAAUGUAUUGCUACGUGUAGUGUUUGCAUAUGCAUGCACUGCAGGUGUGCCUCUGGGAAGUUGCUGAGAUGGCGUUCUGUGCAGUCCGCUGUGACCCCUCUUGAUGGUUGCAGGGCAGCUACGACACUGCGGGUGACUGGGUGUGAGUGAGCAGCCGUUUAAUGAUGACACUCGUCGUGUUGGCAUGAUGAAUAUGCUUUCAGUGUGGCUAGACUGGCAUAUGAAUUAAUGUUCUGUACACGCUUCCGGAGUCUUGACAAUGAUCUGGAAGGAAGAUUCUGUUGAAUGAGAAUAGUGAGUAUAUUACUGCAGAGACCAAAAGCUGUUGCUACAUGUGUGGGGCGGUGUGGCCUGACAGUUUAACCAUUGCGGUGCUCGUUGAAAUAUGUAUAGUAGUGUCACCAGAAGAAGCGAUGUAACAUAGUACCCUGACACAGGAGAAGCCCACUUUUAUUUUUGGCAGGGAGGGCCCAGAGUUUUUUUAAUGAAGUAAAAUCGUAGUCACGUAUUUGAAAUAGUGUUUUGUAUGACAUUGUUCCAGAGUAACGUCCAAUAGUGGCAGAAAUGCGACACAGUGCGCCGUGAUUGUGCAGUAGAUGGCGCCACACGGUGAUGCUGUUGUGUACCGGUGCAUUACUGAGCGCCUAUUGUGCCGAAUUGCGCUGCACACAUUUUGUAUAUAUACCAUGUUUAAUAAUUAUCAGAGACAGAGCACAGUGACGGUCAGCCUAUUAGACCAAAAUAUUUAUGCCUAAACUACAUUUGUGGUCUGCGUGUAGUGCCGUCGUCAGUGCACGUUAUCAAUACAGCCGUAUGCUGUAUUAGAACAUUCAGUUAUUAUGUAAAAUUAAUUAUAAAUAAUGUAGGAAAUAUAGAAUUAUUAAAGUUAAUAAUGACGGAAGUGUGCGAUGAUAUAUGCCUGUAAAUCGUAGUUAUGUUAGCCUAUGUCUAUGAUUCGAAAGGCGUUUAGCCAGAGUUGUUUCUUAUAAACCUGUUGCACAUAUUGUGGAACAGGUUGCGCGGAAAGUGUGCCGGUAGUACCUACACAUUUAAAAAUUCCUUCUCCUUUACAGAAAAAAAUAAUUUAAUAUCCCAUCUAGACAAGUGAUCCCAGAUGGAUUCUAAACAAAUUCGUUGAUGGUGUCAUCUUAUCCUGUAAGACGUAACGGAGUGUGUAUCUUGAGACAUUUUUGUACUUACUUUGUGUUUUGUAAGAAUAGGUUAGCAUAAAGCCAAGCAUCUAGACAACAAAGAGCCUGUUAUCAUAAUACGCAGUUUGCUUACCUAGUUGCACAGAGAACAAGAGUCGAACAUGCAUAAGAAAA